AUGGCUGGCUGCACUGCCCUCCACUUCGCUGCAGCCAACGGACACGAGCAUGUGGUGCGGUACCUGCUCGGCCGGCGCGCGGAGCUCAAGAAGAACAAUCGAGGUAACACCCCCCUGCAUUGGGCCGUGCAGAACUCGCAGGAGAAGGUGGUAGAGCUCCUGCUCGCUCAUGAGCAGUCGGACGUGCUGGACAGGAACGACUGCAACAUCAGCGCGCUGACUUACGCAUGCGAGGCAAACGACGAGAACAUCACAGCACUGCUCCUCUCGCACCAGAGCGCUGGCCCGCUGGAGGAAGGAGCGCAGAUGGAGGUCUGCGAGUCCGUCUCUGAGGAUCUCUUGUCGCCCGAGGACGCGGCGAUCGUGGAGGAGACGACUCUGGAGCUGAGGCUCAGCGACCCGUCCGCCUCCUCCCUCAAGUGUAGGCUGCUGGGGCUCUCCUGGAGGGGAGAAGCAUUUUCAGGGACGGAUGCAGCGCGGGAUAGCACGGGGGUGUACCUGUGGGCAGCCUCGGUGAUCACUGCGAGGUGGAUCUGUGAGAUGAAGGAGGAGCUCAGGGGAAAGAGUUUCUGUGAGAUCGGAGCGGGAUGCGGCCUUCCGUCCCUUGCUGCCAUGGCUUUCACAGACGCCCAGGUCGUGCUGGCGACCGACUCCUUCAAGCACUCGCUCGAGAACCUGAGGAUCAACAUGCAGCUCAACGAGGGUCCGGCGACGUCUGGCAGGAUGCAGAUCGAGAAGCUGGACUGGACGGAUGAGUCCAGCUGGCCGUCAGCCGAGAGUUUCGACAUCCUCGUGGGGUCUGACAUCCUCUACGACCACGAGCAGGUUGACUCCAUAUGUCGGGUUGCGAACCAUCUCCUCCGGAGGGCCGGAGGCAAGUUCCUCUACGCAGCCCCUCCACAUCGAGACGGCUCAACGCUCCUCAUCUCAUCUAUGGAGACUCUGGGGUUCAAGCACGAAGUCCGAGAGGCGCCGGAGAGGUUCUACGAGAAUCCGCUGCCGUCAGAGCAGCAGCUGGAGAUGUAUCUGUCGGAUUUGGCUGGUCGAGAUUGCUUGCUCCACACCUUCAGCAGAUGA